AUGAUCACCAAAUAUUUCACCAAAGUGGCCGUCAAGUUCGAUCCAUUUGCCGCCAGCGCAAAGCCUGUUCGUCUUUUCCUCGCCAGAAUUCCUGCCCAGCAAAAAUCGGGCUGUGCUGUGGAUUUCAAAAUCUUGUCUGCCAACGAAAAGCCUUCUGUCUCUGUCACUUUCAAGGACAAGCACGUCAUGGACGCCGACCCAGAAGCAAUGAGUUUUCAAGACCUCAGUGAACACUUUGACCAGCACUCUAGAAAGCUAGCCUUGAAGGCUGCCAUUUCAGACUAG